CUCUUGGGCAUGGAUGAAUCAAUGCUAAAUACGUGGGCUGCGUGCUCGCCGAUCAAAGCCGAUCGCUGAUCGCUGUUAAAUACGGCGUGUCUUGUCUGCCUCUGCUGCGAUCUGGCUGCUCUGUCUUCUCUGUCUGCUCUGUCUGGCUUGUUUGCGUUGAUUCAUUAGCUGUUUGCAGUACGGCACAGUGGGCCUGAUCAUAUGCUGAUCGCUGGUUAAUGGCAAUGGUAGUGGCUGGUCCCACUGUGCCCGUCCAUGCGCCGUCCUCGCCCAGCCACACUCGAGUGACUUUAGUGCGUCGUCGUUAUGCUUGUCGUUGCUGUCGCUGGCCCAUUGUUAUAUAAGUAGCGUGUGCCGCUCGCAUUGCCGAAUUAUUCUGUGCGCAGCGUUAUACGAGAAAUACGGGUCAGUGUGUGAACCAAGCAGAGUCAUAACGAUAUAAUCAGAGCUCCCAUUGAAUCGCGGUCAACUGCAAAAGCAUGCGAAAACAUUGCCUCAUCGUGUUGCUGGCUGCCAGCAUCAUCUGCCAGCUGGCCAUUGUGUCCGCAAGAUCGGCGGAGGAUCACUGGGUGUGGCGCACCUACAGCAGAAGGGAGCGCGCCUUCCACGACAAGGACAUCGAUCGCAGUGGCUCUCUACGAAAGCCCAGCCAAAAUCAGCUGAGACGCGAGCCGACAACACGGCGACCGCUGCCUGGCGAGCCGGAGAACGAUGACAUCGAGGACUAUGUGGAUGUGGAGCCCACAGUGACCACGCCGCCCAAUGUGGGCACCCGCCAAUACAAUCCCUAUCCCAGUGGCAAUCCCUAUGGCGGAUUUGGUGGGCAGCCAGCUAUUGGAGGCCAGUUUGCAGGACUUGGCGGCUUUGGAGGUGGCAGUCCAGGUGUGCUGGUCGGCCCGGGAGGACCUACGGGCAUUAUAGGCAGACCACCUGUAAAUCCCAAUGUCUACCAGCCUGGAUUCGGGGGUGCACAGAAUGGAUUAGGAGCAGGCAGCUAUCCUGGUGGAUUCGGAAACGCGGGCGCCGGUGCGGGCUAUCCAGGACUGGGCGCUGGACUAGGAGGCUAUCCAGGACUGGGCGCUGGAGGCACUGCCUAUCCAGGACUGGGCGCUGGCGGAGCAGCUUAUCCAGGUUUAAACUCAGCCUUCCCAGGCCAGCCCGGUGGACAGCUGGGCGGCGUCGGCGGCUUGGGUCAGUUUGCUGGCGCUGGCAAUCAAUAUCCGUUUGGCUCUUAUCCAGGCUCUAACUACAACACCAAUCAGUAUGGAGCACAAGGCGGUCAAUAUCCAGGACUGGGCCAAUACCCAUCCAAUCAGUACGCCGGACCACAGUACACUGAAGGCUACGGCCUGGCCAACUUCGGGCCGCCGGGUCUGCCACCCACAGGAUUUGGUGGCAACUAUGCGGGUUUCGGCUAUGACGAGAAGUCGCCCGCCGUGGCCGAGGGCAAGAAUGCCAAAAGCGUGUCCAUCAAGCCAGCGGCAGUAAAUGAUAAGCUAAAUAAGAAGAUCUAGAGCUAGAUAGAGCAAGAUCUAGUAGCAAUUCUCCCUCUCAUAGAGUUUAGUGCUUA